AUGGCUCCUGCAUUUGAUUCAGUUCGUGCUAUUAACCCAUGCAGACAAAAUUGGAAAAUCAAAGUUCGUGUGGUUCGAUUAUGGACUAUGCCCGGAUGCUACUCUCAUGAAGAGAUAUCAUCCCUGGAAAUGAUUCUCAGGGAUGAGGAUGGUGACAACAUCCAUGCUACAGUUAAGACUGCCUUCCUUCGACGACAUCGCAAGAAUUUUGAAGAGGGAAAAAUAUAUUUGGUGUCGUAUUUUUAUGUGUCUCCCAAUACAGGCUCAUACCGAACCACUGAUCAUCCCUACCGAGCAAACUUUAUUUUUUCCACUUCUGUUCGACCAUAUGCGGAUGAUGGCAAAAUAAACAACUUUGGUUUCGCAUUCCGUUCAUUCUCUGAAAUAUUAUCCAAUCAGUUUGAUGAUCGAUAUCUAAUUGAUGUCAUCGGGUUACUAACUGGAGUGGGAGAAAAAGAAGAAUGCAAUGUCAACGGACGCACACAGUUUAGGCUUGAUGUAGAGUUAAUGGAUGAAGGGAAGGAAAAACUGGAGUGUACAUUGUCAGGAGAUUUUACUAAUGAAGUUCUGCAGCAUGUGUCUCGUGUCCAUACUGGUUCUACCAUCAUCAUCAUUCAACUGUGCAAAGUUAGGGAGUUUAAAGGAAAGAGAAAAGUCUCUAAUUCCAUGUACUCUUCCCGUCUCCUGAUUCAUCCUACAAUACAAGAAGUUCAGGAGUUUGUGCAGAAAUUGAAAGGUGCUGGGAUUCAGUUGGGCCAAAUACCUGCUCGAAUUGCUCCACAAAUUGUAGUAUCUGUGGCCGACGAUCUAUUGGCUUUGGAUGACCGAAGAAAAAUAGUGGAUUUACGAUCUGGACCAGCAGAAUGUAUAGUGGUUACUAUGGCAAAUAUUGUAGAUGUGAGAUCUGAUCGUGGAUGGAUGUACACAUCAUGCAAACAGUGUAGCAAGAAAGUGGUUCCAGAUGGAGAAGGUUUCUUUUGCGAAAAGUGCCAAGCUAUAGUAAAAGCUGUUAUUCCCAGGUUCAUGGUGGACUGUGAGAUACUGGAUGACACUGGAUCAUGUCAUGUUGUGAUUUUUGACCGAGAAUUAUCCAAACUGCUUGGGUGUUCAGCAGCAGAGUUGAAGGCACGUCAGACUAAUCAGAUAUCUUGGAAGAGGUAUUUGUUCAAGAUACGUAUUCCAGGAGAUUAUGUCAAUGGGAAUUCCAAUGUGUGUGUAGCUACUCGGUUGACAAAUGAUAAAGCCAUAAUGCAGUCUUUCUUGAACACAUCUUAUGAAGACAUUGCAUCAGAGGGUUGUACUUCCGUUGGUCUCACAGAAGAAAAGAACACUGAGCAGUGCCUGAUAGAAUCAUCUGACGGUGCAAGUUCUUCUGCUAAUCAAACCGUGCAUGCAAAUUUCUCUGAAUUAUCAAAAUUUGACUCAACCUCUACACACCAAGUGGCAAAUACAAUAGACCCAGGUUUCGAAGCAAUGAAGUCCAUAGUAGAAUCUAAAGUUGCAAUUGUAAACACUGCCAAUGUUGAGAAGGCAAACCCCUUUGGUGAUCUCCCAUCAACUGAUUGUCAGGUUGAAGUAGAGAGUAGCAAGCACAAUGCUGGUUUCAUGGAAAUCCCUUCUACUACAUCUGGACAUAAUGGUGCGAAGAACGGUACUGAAAAUAUGUUAAAUCAUCCACUUGGUGGAAAUCUUGAAGCUAAUGAGAAUAAUACAUCAUUUGCAAGACGCCGCAGAGCAAAACGCAAACAAAUCCAGGAAGAAUAG